AUGUCGAUGCCGACCCUAGGAAAAGCAAGUAAAGAUGGUGGCGGAAAGGGCAAUUGGGGCCGUUCUGGAGACGAAGUGCAGGACUACGGGUAUACCUUCACCAACGCCAGACGUCGUUCCAACAGCAGCACGCAAGGGCUGGCGGAUUUCAAGACCAAGUUCGAAACUAUUGAAACGGAUCCGGUCUUCGAGGAGGAAAUACAUGGCCCGCUUGAGGAUAUCGACGGUGUGGAUGGGGUUAGGGUCAAGACCAAUGAUAGUAGCAGCACCAGCGCCACCAGCGAGGAGGACAUUGAAGUGAAGAAGGCUUAG